AAACUCAGUCCCGCGGAACAUCCUGCGAACACAUCUGAAGCUGGGACCUGAACUCUGUGCUGUUUCUGCUCCCACAGCUCUGAGCUCGAGUGGCUCCUCCGGGACAAUGUGUCGGUUUUUGACGUCUGAAAAACUCCCCUCACUUUAACUAGACUCGUCCUGUGUGGUGUGUAGUUCACUUUACGGGUCGCUCCCCCCUCCAGGCAGGACGUAUGUGUUCAUGUUUUGGACACGCGGCGGUGGGACAUCCGGAAUGGAGGCUCCGUAGGAGAAGACGCUGCUGUUGGUAAAUAGAGCGCGAGCGCACGCACGCACGCACGCGCUCGCUAACUUGAACGGAGUCGACGCGCACGAGAUGGACUUCAAGAAGACAAAAUUUGGAAGGUAGUCUUUGAAAACAAAUCUGUUUUCCCUGAAAAGUUGGACAGUUACUGUUUGUUUUACAUUUUUAACACAUCCUGUUCAUCCAUGCGAACUGACGAGCUGCAUGAGGACAUUCAGAGGGAUAUUAUAGAUUAGUUUGUGUGUGUGUGUGUGUGUGUGUGUGUGUGUGUGUGUGUGUGUGUGUGUGUGUGUGUGUGUGUGUGUGUGUGAUGAACAGAGAAAGUGAGAGUGAGACAGGGAUGUAACCAACUCAGAGGCUGUUAAUCUUAUUGGGGGUAUACAGAUGUUAAAAAUAGGGGAGACCAGGGUAAGGUGUCUCAGGGUUUCAUCUCUAACUUCAAAAAGAGCCGUUUUAAAGCACCACACCACUGAUGUAGAUUUGCUUUCGAAAAACUGUCAACGGCACUAUGAUCUAAAAGAAAACUCACUUUUUUUUUCAUAAAAACAACAAUAUUGUUCAAAUCUUCUUUAUUGCACAUAAUAAGGAGUAGAAAAGUGUGUCAUGAUCUGCAAACCAUAUGUUUUCUGUUAAAGCUAUAGCUAUAUAUAGCGUCAAACUCACUCUGGUAUGGAAGCCCUUGGCAGAUGUAAUCUAUGCAGUUUUUUCACUCAGCUUCUCCCAGAUAAUAAUUAAGUAUCCAUCGUUUUGGGAACAUCUCAAUUUAUCUGUCAAGUUAUCUGUUGAAAGCUAAGUUGGUAUCCUUAAUAAUGCAUCAGAUUUGAUACAGCACUUUAUCAGUAACCCUCAAAGAGCUUUACAUUGGAUACAUCAUUCAUUUGCUAACACAGUCACACCCCGGUGGUGGUAAACUACCUUAGUAGGUACAGCUGCCCUGGGGCAGAUUGACAGAAAUGUGGUUGCCAAUUCACGCCUAUGGCCCCUCCGACCACCACCAAACAUCACUCACAAUCAUUCUGAUAUCAGGAUGAUUUUCUGUAAUAGAUCAGACCACAUCGUGCCAUGCUGUCAUUGCCCACAAUAGUAAGAUGAGUCAGGAAAACUCCUGACAGCUCUGAAGAUAUUUGUUCCGAUCAUUUGAUGUAAUGUUGGAAAGCAAAGUGAAAAAAAAAUGCAUAGGCAAAGACGUGUCCACUUAUUACCGCCUCAAUCUUGUCUUUGUGCUUUUGGAGCAGAUGCCAUAUGUUACAAUUUUUAUAGCUUUGCAACUUGCUGAAGUUUCUUGUUAAAGUAUCCCACACCUACUGCACUCGGGUGAGGGAAGCUGUUAAAGCAGUCAUAAUGCUAGUGUUAUCCUCAAAAUCUCAGUUCACUGUUGACAUGAAGUUAAUGCAAAGGUGCAAAAAAACAAAACGAAAAACAAAAAACAAAACGGUUAACAUCUGCAGAAGCUGAGGAAACUGUAUCAGAGCCCUUGUUCAUAUGCCUGUUUUCAUGGUUUAACACAUUUAUGUUGUGUUACAAAAGAAGGUUUCAUCUCCAAAGCUCGAUUCUUUAGUUUGAAAAUUUGUACAGGGGGUAAAAUAUUUUUUUUAUUUUUUGCAUAAUUCUGUAAUUCUUAGAAAACAGAGUUUUCAAAAAAACCCACAUUGGAGUGGGUUUUUGCAAUUGUAGUUUUCAGGUAACUAAACUGUUGCGUUUGGACAGGAGGUCAGAAAGACCCCCCAAAAAACCCCUAUAUUUUCAUUAAUAUUAGUCACUUUAUUAGUUUUAGGGUUUUGCAGCAUAAUUAGAGGUGUGGCUGAUGGAGUCUGGAGUCAACCUUUCCCAUGUGGCAACCACCAUUGUCAGGUUUUGUAAUGCCUCUUCAGAAACUAAUGAAGAUAUCACUGAGACUACAGACAGGUUAAAAUAGGGUUCAUAUUUUGAUUUUUUUUAAAUCAAGAGUACCCAUGGCACAGGAGCUCACCUUAUAUUAAAGUAAAUUCUACUGGGAUGCAUUUGCCAGUCAGUUAUGUGUGUAUCUGUGUGUUUGUGUGUGUGGGCGAGUAAAUGAGAACUGGCAACGAUCGUGAGAACCAAAGUUUGAGUCCCAGAGGAGAUGAACUUGAUCUUUGCUUCACAAGGAACAGCCCUGGAGCUACAGAGAGGGUACACACACAUACACAAACAAACACACACAUGCACACACACACAUUGCUUUACAUCAUCAACAAUCCAUCUACAGGUUCUGAUCCUCUUAGAUGCCACCGAUCCUAUUAAUGUAAGGAAUGUGCUGUAAUGGGCUAUUAUGACUUAACACUGGCUCUGUGGGGCGACAACAUGUAGCAGACACACUCAUACUCUCUCACAAACACUCUCAAACACACAUGAAAGUCGAUAACCAACCACAUGACACACGUGAAGGCUGAAAAAGUGUGUAAAAGACAGAACCUGAAUAGAAGGAGGUGAGAAACGCUGUGAUGAGGACAAAAUGCUGGAUCAGAUCAAGGCCCAUGAAUCUGUGUGCCUGCCUUUCAGCUCAUUGCACACACACACUCACACACACAUGCAUACGAACACACACACACACAUGCACGCACAAUUCUGUCAUAACCCAUUAGAGGACAUCAGAGUGUUACAGUCAGGUCCAUUGAUAGUUCAACAAUACCGUGACAGUGCUCAGGAAAACACUGUCCUCUUGUUGAGCUCUUGGCACGGCCAUGAUGGAUCUGCAGAAGAGAACAACACUUAUCUCAGCUCGUGACCAUUUCCACAUAGUAGUCAUUUUUCUUUGACCUCAUGCUAAAGGUGAGGACAGCUAGCGUUGUUAUGGGAUUAUCAUGGUCGUACGAUAUUGGAAAAAUAAACGCAAUCAGUCAGAUUGAGAAAAUGUAAGACAAGACUGGAAUAGCACAUAGCUUUAUAAACUUUACUUAUAAAUAUUACCAACUUACAUUUCAUCAUCCAUUUCUAAAGCUGUUCAAAUUUAUGAAUUGUCCACAUCAACAACUCUAUGACAUGAACUUCUUUUGAGCAGAUGUUGCUUCAUAAAAUGAUUGUUAGUCAUGUUUUAAGCAACUCAAAUUUUCUGUCUUGCAUUUCAGUUGCGUAAUUUCCUACGUAGUCAAACAAUGGUUGAAUAUCAAAAUAGAGCUGUUGCAAUAUACCUGUUUUGACAAUAACUGCCUUUAAAAAGUUGAUAUAGAGCCAAAAUAAGCGUACAGUCAUACAGUGAGUUCAUAGCAGUGGUCCAUUUCUGCUGAUUGCCACACAUCAUAAAUCAGAAGACCAGGAAAGAAGAAGUAGCCGACUGCUAGUGAGCUAUCUAAAGCAGCCUAGUAGUUCUAAAGGGAAACUGCCUCGUUAAAACAGAUGAUUAAUCAUAUUACUAUCAUUUCACUGCAGACCAGCUGAAAAGACAGCAAACAGCAGCUACCUGAAUAGAAAUCAGACAUUAAAUUUAGAAUUUGAAAAUUAACAUACGAUUUUAGAUGUCUUCUUGUUACAAAGCAGGGAAUCAAUCUUUUAAAACUGUCAGUUUUAUAAGAUGAAAAUAAUCUCUCAUGUAAGACUGUGGUUAAGUAGAUUGAAAAACACACAAUAAAAAGGUCAAAUCAACAAGAGAGUGUGUUUGUGCACUUGUAACCAGGACCCUUAUAAUGGGAAUGUCUGUGUUUCCUGUUGUAGGUCUGGUUCCUGGUAUACUAAACAUCUGGGCUGGCCAGUACACAAAACAAAUCCCUCCUACACACACACACACACACACACACACACACACACACACACACACACACACACACACACACACACACACACACACACACACACACACACACACACACACACACACAUUUUUUCUUGCUUACUUUAACAGCAUGAUUUCAGUCAUCACCUCAGUUCUACUGUUUUUUUUUCUUCUUUUAGACUCGUUGGCAGUUUUUAAAUGGUAGUAAGGACCAGGACUCAGUUUUAUUCAAGCUCAGAUAUAAACACUCUGAUUCUUCCUGAAUGUAUAAUACACAGAUAGACAACAAGUGACUGUAGAUUGUGGCAGUGUCGUAUUAAUGCUUUAAUGCGACACUGCAAGGAUACAGCUUAUUGAUCAGGAUUUUGAAUGAAGGCCAUAGGCUCUAUUUUCGUGUCUGCCGGUGGCGCGGUGAAGGGUGGCGGAUCGCAUGCAGUGGUAUUUUCGUCUGGUGGAGCCUGGCGUACAGCCAGUUUGGUAUUUUCAUGGACUGAGGCGCACCGAGGUCCGCCAAGCUGGGCGUGGUGGCGUGGCAGGGGGAGGUGUAGACAGACCGGCGUCUUGGCUAUGUUAAACCCAUUCCACACCCUCUCUCCUCCCUCCCUACAACUUACGCCGCUGGAAAGAGCUGAGUUAGGGAGGGGAGAUACUUACGCUGGGCUGUGCUGCUCACCAAAAUACCAAAAUGUGCUUGGGAAUGCCUUGUCGGCGCGGCAGACCUGCCUGCGCCAUGUGUCUGUGCUGGAAAAUAGAGGAUUUUUCUUUCUGUAGGGAGUGACACUUUGUCUCAAGUAAAGGACUUCUGAUUUCUUGCGAUCUUGUUUGCAAGCAUGUGUAGAACAAAUCAGAAGAUCUAAAGAUCAACCGGUGCUUCAUCAGUGGUAAUGUAGACGCUCUGCUAAACUGUUGCGAUGAAAAGGGAGCUGAGUCCUUAAGCCAGGCUGCUGAUUUGCCAGUCGACCGCCGUUACUACCCUCGCCAAUGAUCAUGUUCUGUGGGUGGUGAACAAAAGACUGAGAUUGUGAAUACAAGAGAUGGCAAUGAGCUUCUGUUGAAGGGUGUCUGCGCUCAGUCUUAGAGAAACGGUCAGGACAUGAACAAGCUCAGAGUAGAGCCAUUGCUGUCCUCUGGGAUGUGUCCCCAGAGGUAUAUCAAAGAUUGUGUAUCUCAUCUGGCCUGGGAACGCCAGGAGGAGCUGGACAAUGUUUCUGGGAUGAGGGAUGUCUGGGUUGACUUGCUUAGACUGGAUCCCAGAUUGCAGGUUUUCAGAAACAGUAUUUAUUGUUGAGAUAGACCGAUUAAUUUGUUACCUGAUUGAGUUGAUUAAUUUUGAACUGACCGGCUUCAUAUUCUCAAACAUGUUUUUUGCAUAUUCGGUGAAUGAAACAGCCACUGGCUAGUGUUUUAAAUGAAUCUCAUUAUGAUGUCUAGAAUAAUACAAUUUGGAUUUGACAGAAAUUUCAGUUGCAUUUUUUGGACCUGCAGACAGAUUUUCAGGACGUUUUACUUGUAAUACAGCCACUGUUUUUAAAGUAGUGUUGUUGUUUCUGAUCUGACUGUGAGACUCGUGGAAAUCUGACACAAUGCAUUCAAUUGGACUUACUUCAAGUACAGAUGAUCUUACUGAAGACAUACAUUGUUAGAUGCUGAUUUCAAAAGUCUUUUUUUGUCUUUUCAGAUUGUGAAGUUGCUAAAAUUUAAAGACUGUUGAGGUGGCUUUUUGUCUGCUUCAUCUUCUCAUUUACUUUCUCUUGAAUGCUUUCAUCACGGUGCAGAGUUAAUAGACCGUCACUAUAAACAGCUAUGGAUGUGUGUAUUUGUGAGUCUGUAUGUGUGUGUAUUUGUGGUCUGAUGCCAGUGUGUUAUGAUGAGCUGUUGACCUGUAUGUGCAAUCAAAUAACACAGCUGACUGAAACAGACACACCUGUGGCCCCAGCAUGAGGAGCACACAUGCAAAUUAAUGUCUGUGUGUAAGUGUGUUUGUGUAGGUCUGUGUGUGCUUGUUUGUGUAACCAUGUGUGUAUGUGUGUGUGUAUGUGUGUGUUUGUGUGCAUCUUGACGUAUAAAAUGUGGUUUCGUAACAUUUCCAGAUGUGUUUUUCCCUGUAAGCCGGGAUUGUGAGAUUUACUGCUGAUUACAUAGCCUGCACAAAACACACGCGCACGCACGCACACGCACACACACACACACACACACACACACACACACACACACACACACACACACACACACACACAGAGGAAGUUACUUUGCCUGUAGCACAACACAACAAGACAAUUAAUGCAAAUGUAUUUACUGGUUUAUGGUACGGCAUUCUACUGGAACAGGAAGUAAGAUUACUGGUAGCCAUAGCAACGCAGACAGUUGAGCCAGUAAUGAGGAGAAACGCAAAAAUUCAGACAACGUGAUGUGGAUUAAAGACCUGUAAAUCCUCCAAGAAUGACCAUCUUACACACACGCACACACAGAUACACAGUAGCUGACCACCACAUACACACACACAGGAAAACUUUGUGACUUAUUAAGCCAUAUAAAGCAAAACCCUAUCAUAGACAUACAUCUACAUUAAUCAUAAAAGAGACUUAUCUUUAAUCUCCUCUUUUCUUCUUUGCCUUCCAUUUCUUUCUCCCCCCUCUCUCUUCCUUUCCUUAUCUUCUUGACUUCCCUUUUUGCAUUUCUUUUUCUUCCUUCCUUUUGUCUUUUAUUACUUUUAUUUACCUUUCUUUUUUCCUUUCUCCUUUGCUGUCCUUCCUUCUUUCUUUUUGCUUUUUAUUACCUAAAUACAUUUUUUCUCUCCUCCUCUCUGUCUUUUUCUUUUGUUUUCCUUUUUCUUCUUUCUUUUCUUACCCCUCUUUUCCGCUUGCUUGUCUAUUUUCCCUUCCUUUUCUUUCAUUUUUUUUCCUUGUUUUACCUCUUUUUCUCUCUUCUUUUUUCCUUUUUUCUUGUUCUUGUCUUAUUUUCACCUGUUCCCUGCACCUUUUCUUUCUUUCUUUCUUUACAUGUCUCUCCAAUGUCAAUUUUCCUUCCUUUCUUUUUUUAUGACUUUGUCUCUUCUUUUUUCUACCCCUGUCUCCUCUUCCUCUCUCUGUCAGGUUCAUGAACUCGAGGGUCCCAUCCAGUAAGAGGUAUCAGCCCACUGAAUAUGAACACGCCGCAAACUGCGCCACACAUGGGGUAAGUAAUUUUAACAAAAACCAGAUAGAAACACAUGCUGUUGGAGUAAAAGCUCCUCUUUUUUUAACUCUCUCUAUUCUGGAGGGUUUAUUUAUUAAAGAUGACUCUAAAAGAGGGGAUGGUUUAAAGAGAGGGGGGUUGAUUUGAAUGGAUGUGAGUUUGGCUUGGUUUGGGUGGAGGAGAUGAAAAGGGGAUGAUUUUUGGCCACGGCAUGGAGGCAGUAGGAUAUAAUCUGUGCCUGUAGCUUUCUCUAAUCUGCUGUAAUCCCUGUGUGCUGCUGCCCCUGACAGAGCGAAGCAGAUAGUGAAUGAAACAGAAAGAAAUAAAGGAAAACAUGACAGUAAUAACUGUCAGAACCCCUUAUUAUGUUUGUUACUAUUAUUCAUCCACCCUACCUGAGUAAAGAAUCAUAUUUAUUUUUUGCUUUGUAGUUGGGAGUUAGAGGACGAGAUUGACAGCAUUUACGCCUGCACUAUAAACUCAAAUAUACAACUGUUAGAUGCUAUCUUAGCAGAAACACUGGGCCAUUCAACGUUAAGCAAUAUAUAGGCUACUUGCUAGAAGACUAACGUAGUUCUUGUGUGAUAAAAAUAUAUCUUCAGUAGGCGAAUGCAAGCAGUUGGUAUGAGGUAAAAGUAACCUGGCGUAGAAAGAGCCUACUAAAAAAAUCAGGUUCAUGGUGUGUUUUAAUCUUAUAUAGUGAGUAAACUAUACAGUGAGUAAAACUUAAACUGUGUCUUUUUGAUUUGUUGUAGUUAUGGAUCCUUCCCAGUAUGGUGGGCGGGUCUGUGCUCUACUUCCUUUCUGUGGACCAAUGGCAGUGUGUGGCUGCCUGGCUCUAUGGGAGUGGUCUUACUGGCCUGUUUGUCACCUCGACUCUCUUUCACACUGCUGCCUGGAAAAUCAGCCACCUCCGGUUUGUUUGUUUGUGCGUGCGUGCGUGCGUGCGUGCGUGUGCCUACUUGCUGCUGGUAGACCUCUACAUCACACUCAGACAUACAGCUUGUUCUUUACUUAAGAGACAAAAACCUAACAGGGACCUGGCAAUAAAAGCACAUAUCAUUUUCAACACAUAUCUUCUUAAUCUAAACAGUUAAACAUUAAUAUUUUGAAAAAAAAAAAAGUUACAUUUGAACUCUUUGGAUUUCAAUUUGGGGAAUAAAUCACUCAACCCAUGUCCUUCAAAGAAACAAAAGAAAUCUUGGAUUGUAGAAAAUAUGUCUGAGGAAAGUCCAUGGCCUGUUGUACCAGUUGUGUCUUAAGUUGGGUUGAAACAGCUAGGUAUGUACUUAAGUUCUGUUAUUGUUUGGUUGUACCGUGAAGACAUGAGGUUCAUUAUAACCUGCUAAGAGUAUCCUAACAUAACUAGUGAACAGAACUAGUGUAACAGAACAGAACACAGCGCAGUUUCAAACUGUAUUGUUAGGGAGGAAUGCUUGAUGGCUAGCAUGAGCAGUCGACUUAUGGGAAAGGACUUAUGUCGUUUUAUAACACUGACAUUGUAACAACAUUCAGCUUCCUAUCCUGAGUGUGACAAUAACAAAAAAUAGCAGCUGUUUAAAUGGGUAAUCUGUUGCUUGCCUGAGUUUGGUGGUUAUAAAUCCAAAUGAUUAGUAAUUAUCUCUUUUCUUGUUUUUGUUUCUUGUAGGACGGUAGAGCAGCGUUUCCACAUGUGUGACAGAAUGGCCAUCUACUUCUUCAUAGCUGCCUCCUACUCUCCUUGGUGGGUCACGUUACAGUGAGCUAUGUGUCUGGUCAAUAACACAUGGCUAACACGUUGUGAAGUGAAUGUGCUGAUGUGUUUUCUCAGGUUAAUGCUGAGGGAGCUCGGGCCCUGGGCGUGCCACAUGCGCUGGCUGAUCUGGGUCAUGGCUUGUGUAGGAUCCAUGUAUGUCUUCUGUUUCCAUGAGAGGUAAAAUUGUGUCUCCUUUUGUCUCUCUGCUCUGUGUCCUAGUUCGCCACAACUAAUCUGGAACCAAACUCUCACCCAUCCGCAGGUGUUUACAGACAACACUGUACUGCUAUUUGGGGCAGAAACAAUUACAUAAAGUAUUUUUUGUUAUCUGCAGGUACAAGCUGGUGGAGCUGUUGGGAUAUGUGGCAAUGGGGGCCGUUCCAGCUUUGGUCAUCCUGUCCAUGGUGAGUGAAAACUGCAUCUGAUGAACUGUUGUGUGUAUCAAAAACAAAAAGCUGUCGUCCUUUAAAACAGGCUUCCUGCCAUUGUGUGAGACCCAGUCAAUGUCAUGAUUUCAAUAACAGACUGGUGGUUGUGUUUGUUUGAACCCAUUACCUACUUAUCUGAUGUUUUUUCACUGACUGUUGCGUAACUGACUGUUUUCCGAAGAAAGUAUUUUUAGAUUGACUUCCUUUUUCUUCAGGAUGUCAGUAGUUUCUAUCUGAAAUUACUUUAAGAUGAAACUUGCUGAGACAGAAUGUCCUUUUAGACAAACUAAAAGCUGAUUCUGUUGUUGUUGCAGGAGUGUGAGUUUCAGUUUGCAUAAAUACAGAGAACAGUAUGAUGCCACCGUAACCUAAGCCGGUUGGUAGUAGGCUUAUCAUUUUAAGGUCAAAGGUUUGAUUUUUCUUUUUUACCAUACAGUAUUGGACUUUUUUUCAGCAAGAGGUCCAAGAGGUUGAAUUCAGUGACCCGGAUAAACUAAGGACACAGUCAGCAAGCAACUGUCAUUCAGUGUGGUCAUGAAUUGUACACAAUUUGAUCCUGCAAACAAUUCUGAUAAUUGGAUAAUGUACAAAUCUGACCACAGUACUGUUGACAUGAAUGGAUAAGUAGCUAAGGAAACUGAAUUUUUUAACCAGCCUGUAAAUGUACAUAGCUGCUGCACAAUUUUUGAAUAUGGGACAACAUAGACACGAUUAUCUGUUAGUUGAAGGCUGGUACUAGGACUUAUGAACUUGAUCAAUUUCUGCUAAAGUUGUCGAAAAUGUUCCAGGUGGAGCGAUCAGGUGUUUGUGAACUGGCUGUGGGCGGAGUCUUCUAUGUGGUGGGCGUGGUUUUCUUCAAGAGCGAUGGCCUCGUCCCUUUUGCCCAUGCCAUCUGGCAUCUUUUCGUCGCAGCAGGAGCAUCCAUUCAUUACUACGCUAUCUGGAGGUACCUGUACUUACCUGGACCACUACUGCAGACAUCAAGGUGACUAGCACCUUUCACCAGAGACCACAUCACUGACUGGAUGUGAGCAAUAAAACCUCUUUGGUUUGACUACAGCUAACCUAACUCAUGAAACUACACCUGGAGAGAUGCUGCUACAGUGAUCUGACUGUCAGAAUUGACUGCAGGUCUGAUAAAACUCUCCAUACAUGGGGACCAAACCCUGGGACCAAACACUAACUGAUUAACUUAGAAAUAUUUCAAAAUGCUUCAUGUGUAAACCGAAUGGGAGGUGGACCUGGACAUGAAUCUUUCACUGCCUCAUGGGUAACUUUUACACUAUGACAUGACUGAUUUUGGAUUAAGGAAUAGCUCAAGAUUAAGGAGACUAAAUUAAUACACAUUAAUGCCAAGACCUGAAAAUUAAUAUGAUCCUCAUGUGACCCUAAACUGAUAAGCUGUUAACCAACACCCAGUUAGCUCAACUUAGCACCGACUGGCUUGACUGCAUGCAAAGAUUGACAACCUAUCUCUAUCUACACACACUGUAAAACCUAAUAACAAAAAAGUUACGACAGUCUGUAAUCAAAUGGUUGUAGGUACCAGGUAUGCUUGGUUGGUCAGUUUAGCUUUACAACAUAGUUUUCGCAGGAGUUGCUGCGAUCAUUUUAAAGGCCAUCUCUUGGAAACAAGUGGGCUUGGGGUCCUCUGCCUGCUAGUGUGGCAACUCCACCAUGAGUGAAUCCAUUGUCAAGCCAACCACAAUGUGAAAGCAUUAUUCAUAUAAUGUACAGACAAUCAUUGUGUGACAUCACCACAAGCUGAUCUGACCAGCCAAGCACAUGCAGUACCUACACUGGCUCUUGAAACCAAAACUGGUACUUGAGGGAACCAUUGGGGACCUGAAAGAGUCGGCCAAAUGAUCUGGAAAAAGCUUAAAUUACCAUCACCGGCAGCAUCUAUGCUGAGAAAGAGGAAGGAUCCAAACAUUACUUUUCAUGGUAAGACGGAUCACAGACACCUUGAGCAAGAUCAUAGAGCCUUCAUAGAUUUGGAGUCAUCCAUGGGUAUUUACAGAUUUGGAUCUGUGGGACCCUCUCUGUUGCAGCAGGAGGAAGCUGGUCAGUCGCAUUUUUAUCAGAUUUUAACAGUGGGCUUAUGUUGAUGUUUACAGUUUGACCAUGUGAACUAAAUGACUGUUAUCAAAGUUGAUGUCUUGGUUUUCUGAUCAUAGGUCAACAGUUAUUUUCAUUUAUUUAAUUGUGCAAAGUUUCCACCUAUGAUUUUAGAGAACUCCAGAGAAGUUUCCUUUUCUGUCUUUAAUGAAUGUAACUAUAAUGAACUCAAGUCAACUUUCUUUCUUUCAUAUGACACUGAUAUUUGUAGAACCAACCAACCAUGUGCCAGUAGUCAAAGCUUCUAUGUAAAGCUAUCCAUGUUAACUAAGUAGCUUUACACUGAGCUCUGAAAGUAUUCUUUCUCAUCAAACUUUUGGCAUGAAAUCAGAUUACUCAGAAAAAUACAACACAAUUUUUACAACAUGAUCAUCUGAAAAUGAACUGCAAAUGAAUAAUUGGUGACUCAAACACUUACUCUUCCUUGUAAACUUAGCCUUUCCAUAUAUUCCGUGUGUAAAUGUGCCAAGAACUACAAAGCAGACAUUCCUACGAAAGUUUUAAUGUUUUUUUGGGGGGAUUUGUCAGAAUUAGUUUAUGCCUACAUAAAGUUAGUUCUUUGAGAGGACUGAUAUGAUAUGUAAAUACCCUCGCUGCUAAUAGGUGUCAGCCUAAUAGCUGCAGAAACAGCCCGGUUUUUAUGAUACCCACAUAACAUAUUCACAAUGCUAAUUAAUUUUUGCUACAAGACAGUGUUUAAGAAUUUAGAGGAAAAGACAAGCAAAGACUGUUUUGUCCACCGGGGGCGCCAGAAUUGACUCAAACCACAAGUUCCUCACAGGGGCUUUAAUACAAAUACGCUCGUCUUUAGACCUGACAGUGUUUUUUGGUAGGGAUCUGUAAUUAAAUUCAAUCAAGUUAACUGUCUGUUACUGGAGAUCAAAAGUUCACCUGUAAUUUAAUUUAAGAUUGAAAUCAUUGUGAAUCUGAAUUAAAAUCAACUCUUGUGAUUGAUUUUAGGGCAACCUUAAUCUGAAAGUCAAAUAACUUCGAUAUAUAGCUAACAUAUGAGAUUCAAAUGUUCAUCUGCAUCUUGUAUAAAGGACUAUGACGGACAGUUUUGAUAUAAAAUCAAUGCACUCCUCUAAUACAGAGGACAUUUCUAUCAGCAGUGGUUAGAAAUUUAAUAACACUUUUAGAAAUGUAUGAAUUCACCCAUACAUGUUUUGUGCAAAUUAUAAAUGCAAAUUUGUACUUUUAUAGUUUGAGUUUUUGUACUUUGUCCAGCACUGUAAGGUUUUACUAUCAGGUUUUUCCUGAUACUUAGCAGUUCAGUUGUUUCUGUUUUUAUCUGCAGAUCACUCAGGAAGUGUCUUAUCUUUCUUUUUGAAUCAGAAGAUCUAUUUUGUAAGAUUUUAUUUUUGUUGCAUUAAAAAGAGUCUAUAUUACACUGA